AUGACAUCGAUGGCUAAGAUGUUCCAUUUCAAUGCCGUGGAGCGAGAUGAAUACCUGGGUGGCGAGCUCACGCUGGUCUUCUAUGCCCCUGGUAUGCUCGUGGCCCUCUUAGUCGGUCUACUCUCCGCUGUUGUCCCACGCAAGACACUGCUCACUGCGGUGGUUGCCCUCACAGCUUUGGCUACUAUGACCACUUUCUUCGCCGGUACAUUUAGGUCCCUCUUGUGGGCCCGUGCAAUAGCUGGCCUCGGUAUAGGCGGCGCCUUGCCAGUUGCAUACUCUAUGGUUGGUGACUGGUUCCCUCCGGACCAACGAGCAGUAGCGUCAGCGAUGGUCACAGCGGCCUGUGGGGUAGGUGUAUUCAUGGGCCAAGUUGCUGCUGCCUAUAUAGGAAAGGAGCUGUGCUGUGCCAAGGGCGCGAUGGACGGAGCUGAUCCGAGUGGUACGGACGACGAGACUGCGACACUCAUCAGCCGUAGCCCAGAGCCUUCGGACUCUGCCGCUCUAUCGACAGCUGACACAGAGGGCCAUCUAUCGUAUAGAAGGGAGCAGCCCAGCCGGUCUACGUGGCUUGCUGAUAAUGUGGAUCAGCUGAAGCAGGCUUCCUAUUCCCGGACGAACCUUCUGGUGCUCUUGCAAGCCUUUCCUGGUGGUAUUCCAUGGGGGAUAAUCAUCGUGUAUCUCCAUGACUUCUUGGUCCAGGACAUGGGUUUUUCUAUAGAGUUGGCGCUCUUCGCCACGGCAACCAUGGGGUUAGCAGGCUUCUGUGGGGUGCUCAUAGGCGGGUUCAUCGGUGAGAAGCUCUACCGAUCAGAUCCACGAUACUGCGCUUUAUUCUGUUCGGUUAUGUCCUUGCUACGGGUUAUACCCUUCUUCGCGGUCUUUGGAUGGACUUCUCUGUAUAAGGAAGGGCCGAAUGAGGUUGACCAACUAGCAGCAGCAGCUAUGGGGAAGGCCAUGGAUGCGGUUGGCGAGUCGCAGGCUCAUAUUGGAUCCACGGAGAUGUUACACCUGUCCUUUUUCGGGACGCUAUUUAUUGGUGGAGUCAUUGCUACCACUCCAGCUGCGAAUUUGGGAGCCAUUCUCUUAAAUGUCAAUCCUCCACAGCAUCGAGGCACGAUAUUCGCAAUUUACAGCGUGCUCGACGAUCUCUCGAAAGGUGUUGGGACUUUGUUCGUCUCUCUAUUGAUACCCUAUACAGGAGGUCGAGCACUCGCCUAUCAGUUCACUCUGGUGGUAUGGUUAGUGUGUGGCCUCCUGCUGAUACCGGUGGUGAGCAGCCUCCAGGAAGAUGAGCUUUACAUGCAACGCACUUUGCGGGAACAGCAGCAUAGGAAACGAGUGAAUGACAUGAGAGCCGAAGCUAGCCAUCGCAUUCUCACCUCCACAGCCAAAGCAGCCUCCUUGGUCCUCGACAAAAGGCCUGUCGUCGGUGGCGGCACCACUUAG